AUGCACGUCUACGAGUACGCGUUUGUCCUUUUCCCGACUUCUUUUCUACAGUAUACUCUCACUGCCGCACACUGGGGAAUGGUGAUGUAUGGGAGUCUGUUUUGUCAGAGCCUCGUCCUUUUGGCAUUUCAUUUUGUUUAUCGCUAUAUACUCAUAUGCAAAACAAAUUAUCUGUAUUUGUUCAAUUCGCCAAAAUAUAUCCCGAUUCAUUUCGGGAUUUGGCUUGGAAUGGGAAUCAUUUGGGGAACUGUACUGCACAAUUUCAUGUUCUACACCGAACCAUAUAAAAAUUACCUCCAUGACGUGCUUUGGGAAACGUACGAAUUCGACGUGAACACGAGUGCGAUUUUGGGAUUAAUGUACAAGAAAAGAAAUGAGGACGGGGAAGAAGUUUGGGAUCUCCUUGAGUUAUUCGCUUUCUCUGUCUGCAUGACCGAGCUUGGGAUCACCUUUUCGGUGAUCUCAUUUUGCACCUGGAGAAUUCACGAAACACUCAAAACAGCGGUGAUGAGCGAAAAAGCGCGUCGGCUCCAAUUCGAGCUCUUCAAGGCGCUAUUGGUUCAGACAAUGAUCCCAGUCUUUUUCGAGUACAUCCCUUAUCAAACUCCUCGGUGUUGCAUU